GAAGUAAGGAGACGGCACAAAGUGAUCCAGGUGAGAAGCAGGAAGGUAAGCUACACCGACACAGAGAAACAGGUGCACUGAAACAGGAAGGCUGACAAAAGACAGUGUUUGAUUUCAGGUCUUAAAGUGAGGAUGGGCCCUCCUCUGAGGCUGCAUGAGCUCAUUCGAGCCAUCCGGAGUGUUAAGACACAGAAUGAAGAGAGAGAGGUGAUUCAGAGGGAGUGCGCUGAACUUCGAUCUUCAUUUCGGGAUGAGGAUUCAGUGUACCGUGGGCGAAGUGUGGCCAAACUCUUGUACAUGCACAUGCUGGGCUAUCCCGCACACUUCGGACAGAUGGAGUGCUUGAAAUUGAUAGCCUCCCCACGGUUUACUGACAAACGAAUUGGAUACCUUGGUGCUAUGAUGUUGCUAGAUGAAAGGCAGGACGCUCAUUUAUUGAUAACCAACAGUAUGAAGAGAGAUUUAGAGCACAGCUCAGCAGUGGUGCAAGGACUGGCUCUCUGUACUCUUGCCUGCUUAGGAUCUGUAGAGAUGUGUCGGGACUUGGCUGGAGAAGUUGAACGUCUUCUACAAACUUCGAAUGGCCAUGUCAAGAAAAAGGCUGUUUUGUGUGCUGUACACAUUAUCAGGAAGGUCCCUGAUUUAGUGGAAAUGUUCAUCCCAACCAGUGAGAUGUUGCUCGCGGAAAAAAGGCAUGGUGUGUUCUAUGGAGCUGUCCUCUUGGCAACAGAAAUUUGCCAGCGACAACCUGCAUCCAUUAAAGGUUUUCGCAAGAUACUUCCACUACUCCUGCAAAAACUCAGGCAGAUCAUGUCAGGAUAUUCCCCAGAACACGUAGUGUCUGGAGUCACUGACCCCUUUUUACAGGUCCGUAUUCUACGGCUGUUGAGAAUCUUAGGACAAAGUGAUGGGAGUGUCUGUGAUACUAUGAGUGACCUGCUGGCCCAGAUUUCCACCUGUACAGAAACACAGACAAAUGCUGGUAAUGCAGUUUUGUAUGAAACUGUGCUCACCAUUGUGGAAACCAAGUCUGCAAGUGGCCUACGGGUUCUUGCUGUUAACAUCCUUGGACGUUUUCUUCUAAGUAAUGAUAAAAACAUCAGAUUUGUUGCCCUGACAUCCCUCCAACGCUUGGUGCAUUCUGACCAUGCAGCGGUCCAGAGACAUAGAGGGACAAUCGUUGAGUGUCUUAGACAGACAGACACAUCUGUAAACAGGAAGGCUCUGGACUUGUGUUUUGCACUGGUGAAUGAAGCAAACAUUCGUGUGAUGAUGAAGGAACUUCAGAGGUUUUUGCAGUUCUGCUCACCAGAGUUAAAGGAACAGUGCACAUCAGGAAUAUUCCUUUGUGCAGAGAGGUUUUCUCCUUCCAAGCGCUGGCACAUAGAUACCAUAAUGGAAACACUGGUCACUGCAGGGGAGAGUGUUCGUGAUGAUGCGGUUUCACACCUUAUUCAGCUGAUCAGUGGGUCCUCAGAACUGCAUGGCUACAUCGUUCAAAGACUCUACAAAGCAGUGAGAAAGGAUAUUGUACAGCAACCAUUAGUUCAGGUGGCAGCAUGGUGCAUCGGGGAGUACGGGGACCUCCUAAUAAUUGGAGCCUGUGAAGAAGAGGAAGCAAUGCAGGUGACAGAAGAUGAUGUUCUUGAUGUACUGGAAGGCAUUCUACAGUCACACAUAUCCCUGCCAAGUACGCGGGCGUACACCCUAACCGCAAUUAUGAAACUUAGCACACGCUUCAACAACACCAUAAACCGUAUCCGUCGAGUGGUAUCUAUAUAUGGAUGCUGUCAUGAUGUGGAGUUACAGCAGAGAGCAGUAGAAUACAAUGCACUAUUCAAGAAGUAUGAUCACAUGAGGCCAGCUAUUCUGGAGAAAAUGCCAGUGCCAGAAAAAUCUACUUUAGCAGAAACUGAAGCCUGCAUUGAAGAAAUCAAAGAAGAAAGUGAAAACCAACCAAAAAGUAUCCCCUCCUCAAGCCAGCCAGUUAGUUAUGUUACAGACCUCUUGGGAUUGUUGGAAGAGAGUUCGGAUAGCUUACCAGUGACCUCAGAGGUAUCUUCCAUAAAUCAGAAUUUACCCAAUGGGAGCUUGUUAGAUCUUUUAGAUGAAAUGCCAAAAUCAGCAGCUCUACCGUCACUUGUUGUCUAUAAUAAUAAUGGACUUCAAGUGGAAUUCUCCUUCACGCGUCAACCAUCGAGCCCUGCCCUACUAGUCAUCAAUUCUUGUGCCACAAAUUCCUCAUCUAGUGAUGUCUCUGACUUUCAACUACAAGCUGCUGUGCCCAAGAGUAUUCAGAUUCAACUUCAGGCUCCUAGUGGAUCUUCAGUUCCAGCUUCCGGUGGAGGAUCAGUCACACAGUCUAUUCGUAUUCUAAACCCUCAAAAGGUUCCUUUGCGUAUGCGGCUACGCUUGUCUUUUACACAUAAUGGAAAUCUAGUCCAGGAUAUAUGUGAAGUGAACAACUGUCCUACAGAAGCAUGGCAGUGAUAUGAUCAGGUUUGCAAUGGCACCUGGAUGAAGUGGCAGAGACAUUCAUAUUUUCCUGAAUGAUGGAAAAGAAAAGAAACAGAUUAAUGCGUUACAUUCCACAAUAACUGGAGUCCAAGGAAAGUGGCUAUUUGAGUGCAAUGCUUACAUGAUACACGUACACAGCUAUAGCAUGCAACAUGCACAUGAAAUAUCACCAAGUCUGAACCCAAACAAUUAAAGAGUGAAGAAUAUCUGAAAGACAUUGUAAUAAAAUUGCUUUAUAGACCAAACAUGCAGAUUUUGUCCUCUAGGUGGCAUUGUUCUACCUUGACUUUUUUUUUUUUAACCUUGCUUCCCACUAUUCCAUUCUAACACUGUGCCAAUCCUUCUGUACACUGCACUAAGGCACUCAAAACCUGUAUCAUAGCUUCAGUAUGUAGACAGAAAUCCCAGUUGGGCAACAUAAAAAUACAGAAAUGGUUAACCCUUUCAUUCGCCGUCUACAGAUUUGCCAAUUCCCUUUAGGCUGUUUGUGUUAAUUAGGAUUUGCGAGUAUAAUGAAUUCUCCAGCUAAUUAAUGCUGUGUUGUGAUGAUGAGGGGUUGCCUGAAAUAGUGUGUAAGGAGGGAGCAGCCAACGGUGAUGGGGGGGUUCAUGUGAGUGGCACUGAGCCAGCCUGUACCUGCCCCCUUCAAGAUGACAGACUGCAAGAGACAACAGGGAGAGAGAGCGCAGUGACGAAGAAGGGAGAGUGCGCAGAGUAGCAGAUGCAUCCGCCAUCGAAAAAUCAGCAUCUCCUCUACCCUCCCACCAAUAUCCAAUCGUAUAUAUUUCACCCCCACCAACUCACCCACUUCUGAUCCCUGAGGUGUGAGCUGGCAGCUGUGGGCACUGACCAUCUGUGUGCGUGUUCAUGCAUUUGCAUCAGUUUGUCUGUGCCCUGUGUGCGCAUAUCUGGGCAGCGAGCUUGGCAGAGAGGAAGAGUGUGUGGGGCAGAGAGAUACACAGAUGGGGAGUAAGUCAGCGUGAGAUAUACAUAGAAAGAGAUGGGCAGAAAGAGGCAGAUAGCGAGGGUUGGCAGAGCUACAGACGCUGGCGAAGAAGCUGGCACAAACGCGGCCCCCUCAGAGGUGGCACCUGGUACUUAUCAUUGUGCCGUAAACAGUAUGCAUGUAACCGAGUGUAAAAGAGCGAGCGAGCAUGGAAGCGAAACAGGACAUGGUACAAGAGAAGAGGAUGGCACGCCAAUUCCUUACACUGAUCUCACGAAUGUUAAUUGCUCAUACUCCCGGAUUGCUUGACAUUGGUACAUAGGAGUUGAGUGACAUGCAUAGGUGCAUACGUCUAGUCAUGCCAUAUCAUAUCCUAGAACUUCAGCAACAAUGGCUAAGCCAAAAGAAAUUCUACCAUGUCCAAGAAGACCAUCAAGAGCUAUUGAACAAUGGCCAUAAUGGAAAUGACGGCGGAAGGAUA